AUGAGCAAUUUUACUUCCACGUCUACAUUUCUGCUGUUGGAAUUCUCAGAACUACGAGAACUACACAUCUUACACUUGUUUCUGUUUCUAGCAUUGUACUUGACAGCCAUGACUGGGAAUUUUCUCAUCAUUGCUGCAGUAGCCCUUGACCAUCACCUACAUAAACCAAUGUACUUUUUCCUAACAAACUUGGCCAUGAUGGACAUAGGCAUUGUUUCUGUCAUCAUACCAAAAACUGUGGCCAAUUCUAUUAUGAACAACUGGUCAAUUUCUUAUUCUGGGUGUGCAGCUCAAGUUUUCUUUUAUUUCUUUUUUGGAGCAUCAGAUCUUUCCCUUCUAACUGUAAUGGCACAUGAUCGCUAUGUUGCCAUCUGCAACCCAUUACAAUAUGAGACAAUUAUGCACAAAGGAGCCUGCCUUCAGAUGGCAGUCAUUGUGUGGCUUACUAGUCUUCUUUAUGCCACAGUACAUACUUGUGGCACUUUUGCAAACACAUUCUGUUCUAAUGUUGUCAACCAGUUCUUCUGUGAAAUCCCAAAAUUACUGAAGCUCUCCUGUUCUGACUUUUAUUUAGUUGAAGUUGGGCUUAUUGUUCUAGGCUUCUUGAUGGGACUAGGAUGCUUCAUUUUCACAAUCAUAACAUACAUGGAGAUCUUUUCUGCAGUGCUCAGAAUUCCUUCUGUUCAUGGCAAGAAAAAAGCCCUCUCCACUUGCCUUCCCCACCUCAUUGUUUUCUCGGUACUUAUGUUCAGUGGAAUCUUUGCCUAUGCAAGGCCUUCCAGUGAUGCUUCUUCUUAUCUAGAUAUACCCUUUGCCGUGAUAUAUACCAUAAUUCCUCCCAUGCUGAAUCCAUUUAUCUAUUGCAUGAGAAACAAAGAGAUCAAGACUGCUUUGUGGAAAUUCUUAGAUUUUGGACAUUGCUCUAAAACAAUAUUUAGAGUUCUGCAUAUACUGUUCUGCAUAUAA